UAUAACAAUGGCCAAGGGCAAGGUUAACUCCGAUUUCUCUGUUUACCUGUCUGACUACGCUAUCAGCCUUUCAACGGAAGCUCGUGAAAGGUAUUGCAGAAAGCUUAAAUAUGACAGUGGUACAAAGACUCUACCAGAUCCGUACAAAAUCAGUGAGAAGUGGUCAACAAAUCCCAACACGUGGCCUGAUCUUACCUUUGGCGACAUCUACCUUUAUUUGAUUGACACCCCGUCGAAUUACACGAAGGAGUCGAUGAAGGCAUACAAAUCGCUUGAUUCAUACAAGUAUGUGGUUAGUGGUCACGUGCAAGUAGUCAUUUCAAAUCCAAUUGAUGAUGACUGUCCUUUUGUUGCAUUAAAGGCCAAGGUGACUCCUUCACAACAUGCAAGAGACAAGCCUCAUGAACCAUGGGUUUACUUGCAGAAAUCCAGUGGUACAGUUUACUGUGCUCAUUGCACAUGUAUGGCAGGGUUGGGUGAAGUGUGCAGUCAUGUUGGAGCACUUCUAUUUAAGAUUGAAAUUGGUGUCAAGAUUGGUGUCACUCAGACAAGCUCGACCAGCAAGGCUUGUCAGUGGAACACCUCUUUUCGAAAGGAAAUUAAACCCGCAACGAUAUCCGAAAUAUUUGAUGACAUCGAGGGUAAGCGAACCAGGGAAAUACAGUCUGUUCAGGCAAAUGGAUCAGCCCCACUACCACCAAAACAUGACCUACAGGACUUGUAUUCCAUAGUUCCUAAUGCUGCUUUUUUCACAUGUGUCACUAUUGCUGAUGUUAAUGACAAUGAUUCUGACAUGCAUCUGAUUGAACAGAACGUCACGACAAAGGAAAAAUACCCGGUGCUAUUGACAACAAUCAGUGACUCAACUAGUGAGGAGAGCAAAAAGACAUUGUUUGAAUAUGUGGUGACAGAGGCUCAAUGUCAUAACCUAGAGAAGGCCACCAGGAACCAGGCAGUUAGCCCUUUGUGGUACCAACAUAGGAUGGGCAGGAUAACUGCAUCCAAGGCACAUGAUGUUCUAGUAAGAAAGGACACCACAUCCCCAGACAACCUGGUUAAGAGAAUCAUGGGAUACUCAACGUAUGAUCUUUCCAAAAAAGACUCCGUGAGAUGGGGUAUAGAAAAUGAAGACGAGUGCAGACUUUUGUACACCAAACACUCUGCUCAUCAACACAUUGAAUUCCACUGUGAGGAGUCGGGAUUUAACAUCAAUCAUAAACACCCAUUUCUCGGAGCCAGUCCUGAUGGAAUUAUUAACUGUCAGUGUUGUGGAAAGGGAACACUGGAAAUCAAGUGCCCAUUCAAACACAGGAACUCUACUGUGCAGACUGCUGCUGCAACUGACAAAGACUUUUGCCUGGAUUCCAGCCUGCACCUGAAAACAACACACAGGUAUUAUACACAAGUCCAAUUUCAAAUGGCUAUUUGUGGUUACACAUAUUGUGAUUUUGUGGUGUACACAAAGUGUAAACCUGCGCCAAGCAUGGUUAUUGUGCGUGUUCCGAUUGACAUUAACUUUUGUAAGAAUGUUGUGGGAAAAUGUGAACUGUUCAUGAAAAAGCAUGUUCAACAGGAACUGAUAACCCGCCAACUGGAAAGCGUGAUUUCACGUGCUACAGCUGAUACUCCUCUCAACAACGAAGACACCUGGUGUUUAUGUUCUGAACCAGAAUACGGGAGGAUGAUCAAGUGUGACAGUAAUGACUGUCCCUACCAGUGGUUCCACUACAAAUGUGUAAAUAUUCGUAGAAAGCCAAGAGGGAAAUGGUUCUGUACAUCAUGUGACAGUUAAAGUUUCAGAACUGUGUGGAGCUUUAAAUCAUAGGCUUGAAUGUGAACUGAAUAUUGAACUCUUAGUAACAAGUUAUUAAAUUGAAAGUGUGAAAUUGAAAUAUAUUAUGCUGCAAAAUAGUUUACCUUGUAGUGAAUACAAGUCUGUCAUCAAUUCUUGAUUCAUAAUGUUCAUUUUGAUAAUACUGUAUCAUGAGUCGGAUCAUAAUUAUAAUGAUUUGUGAAUUAGAAAUACAGUAAUGUUUGGAUACACAUAUGACCAUGUUCAUAUAAUUAUUAGGGAAAAUACAAAUAAAAAUAUA